UUGAGGAAGUUCAUUGGAGAUGUUGCGCAAAUAGACUACAGAGGAAAGUUAUUGAGUGCUGCUGUGUUGGAGGACGCCUGGCUGUUAGCUCUGUAAACAGGAUGUUAUUAAAAAUACUGCUGGGCUUCCUGUGUGGCGUCAGGGCCACGGCGACGGAAAACACCACGACUCAGCCGGGUUCUCUGCCGCUGUUGCUGGUAUCGUUCGACGGUUUCCGAGCCGACUACCUGCGCAGGUUCCCCAUGCCGAACCUGAAGCUCCUGUACAGCGAGGGGGUCCUUGUAGAGCAGCUAACAAACGUUUUCAUCACCAAGACGUUUCCCAACCACUACAGCCUGGUGACAGGACUUUACGCAGAGUCUCAUGGCAUCCUGGCCAGUAACAUGUACGACCCCGUCAGCCAGAAGCACUUUCACAUCGGCAGCACCGACCCCAUGUGGUGGAACGAGGCGCGGCCCAUCUGGGUCUCGGCGCUGGACUCCGGCUACAAGACGGCGGCCAUGAUGUGGCCCGGUUCCGAAGUGACCAUCAGCAACCACACUGCGACGCAUUUCUCUCACUACAAUCCCAAUGUGACGUUCCAGGAGAGACUGGGGAACGUGACAAACUGGAUACUGGGGAACGGGCAGGAGCAAGGAGUGAUGUUCGCAGCCCUCUACUGGGAGGAACCUGACCGCUCAGGUCACAUAUACGGCCCCGACAACACCACUGCUAUGAGCAAAGUCCUGAAGGAGGUUGACGACAACAUCGGCCUGCUGGUGUCGGAGCUGAAGCGGAACAAGCUCUGGGGUCGCAUUAACGUCAUGGUAACCAGCGACCACGGCAUGGCUCAGUGCUCGGCCGAUCGCCUCAUACGGCUGGACAGCUGCGUCCAUCCCGACAACUACACACUGGUGGACCUCUCACCUGUCACAGCCCUCAUCCCAAAAAAAGACCAAGAUGUUGUGUUUGAGAAGCUGAAAAAGUGCCACCCCAACAUGACGGCAUAUUUAAAGAAGGCCAUUCCCGAUAGGCUGCACUACCGGAACAACGAGCGCAUCCAGCCAAUCAUACUGAUUGCUGACGAGGGCUGGACCAUAGUGCAGCAAGGAGACACACUGCCCAGAUUGGGCGACCACGGGUAUGACAACUCCUUACCCAGCAUGCACCCUUUCCUGGCAGCGGUUGGGCCCAGCUUCCGUAAGGGCUACCGAAUCAGCAGUUUACAGAGCGUGGACGUUUAUCCGCUAAUGUGCCAACUGUUGUCGGUGCCCGCGGAGCCCAACAACGGCACCCUGACCCAGGCUCGGUGUAUGCUGGCUGCUGAGACCUGCUGGGAUGUCCCUCUGGUGGUCGGCCUGGUGGUGGGUGUCCUGCUGGUGCUCACUACAAUUACUGGUCUAUUUAGAUUAAUGAGCAGGCGCCGCCCGUCAGGCUCCCGUCCCUUUCAGAGGCUGCAGGUUGACUACGACGAUGAUGAUGACGACCCUUUGUUGGAGUAAACCAUCCAGAGCCGGUCUUCACCUGCUCUUACUCCGAUAGGUACUUGACAUGUUGCACUUUACUUACUUAGACCGCUGCCCUAGCUUUCACUUUGGCAUGUGUGUAUAUGUGUGUUCACUUGCACACACACACACAUAUGCAGUAGAAAGACGUGCUGUUUUAAAAGCCUUUAGGUUAACUGGUACCUGAUUAUUCUGCUGUGAAGUUGUACACUGGUGUAAAAACAAGAAAUGGUGAAUACUAUAGUUGUCAGUACUCUCUAUAAUGUUACUGUUGUUAAAAUCCGGUUACCAGAGAUGACUUGAACAUGUGACAAGAAGCCAGUGAAGUUUUGUUGAGGAAUAAAAUGUGUUUUUGAGGAAAUAUUGAAGAGUUUUAGGUGGAUGAUUAUAAUUUAACUCUGGGAGAUUUAAAAAAAGAGACUUUUGUUGAACAUUUAUUUUAUGUUUCUUUGGGAAUUUUGUUAAUAGACAUGUUUGUAUUUUUUGUUGUAGUGUUAUUUUUUUGUCAGCAGAGGGAGCCAGUUGCUUAUUUAAGUGUGAUAUUGUCUUGAAGGCAAAGCUUUUCUUUUUCUUCUUAGCUUUAAUGGUCUUUAUUCUUCACAUUUCUAUAUCUACACAGUUCUGUUACUGUUGAGGUUUAUACCUGAGUAUGAAAUCAUCUAAAUAAUAUUUUAAUUUCUCCCAUUUAUCCAUGCUUCCAUAAAAACUCUGGAGUCAGAAUUUAUACAUGUUUAAUAUUAAAUUACAGAAUAAAAGGUAAUAUUAAAUAUAAAUGCCACAGUAAGAGGAAAUGGAGAUUUUUGAGAUUUCUAUGCAAAUUGUUCACUAAGUGUAGUUGUCCCGGGUGUUCAUUCUGUACUUAUAUAUGUUUAUGAAUUAUACCAAAGAAAGUUCAUUUCUCCAAAGACGUAUUCACCAUCUGAAAAAGAGACUUUCUCACAGGGGGAUGUUGUUCUCAGUUAAAUGGAACUAAAGCAAAAUUGUUGUUACUAUUAUUAUUGUUAUUAUUUAUUAUAUUAGUUACUCACAUAUAUUUUAGAGAUGUUACAAGAUCAAAUUCAGGUCACGAUUUUUAAGGUUGCAAACUUGGCGAAAGCAUUUUGGAGCCCAUUUUUAUUCACUCAAAUUUGGGCAUAUUCUUUUUAUUCCACAGAUUUGGUACUUAGCUCCAGGGCAUAUUGAUAGGACAGCCAGAUGUUUUUCAGGGAUCAGAUCUGUUGAUCACAGCGCUGCUGAAGUAGAGUAGUAGUUACAAUGAGAGGUUAAAGGAUACGUCUGGUUAUAUAUGUAUGUUUCUUAUUCAGCGAAUCCCAUGAAAAGAGCAAAACUAUGAUUCAUCUCCGAACAAUUGUUGUCUGUGUAGCCAACAUGUCUUAUACUUCUGUGCCAUAGAGCUCAGUUGUCAUCAAACACAUCAAUUUGGAACUAUUGGUGACAUGUGACUUCAUGAAUAUGUCACAAACACACACAGCAGUUUAUUUAGACUCAAAGUAUACAUUAGAACACCAAAUACGUAUUAAUCCACAGCUGAAAAUAGUCCCCAAUAAAUACAGUUUACGGCUGUUUGCCAAAAACUACAAUGCCCAGCUGUUUUAUGUAAAAACUGAGUGUUUUUUAAAAUGAAGUAAUGGGCUAGGGGUUGACUGCCACAGACAGGGCAGAGAUGUCAGAAAGCGUUAAGAUUCAACUCAUUGAUUUUGUUAUUUUCAUGGAAUUCGUUGCCAAUAAAACUGCACAAUAUCGCCAAGCCUUAUCUUCUAACGCAGCGCUUAUGUAUACACUGUUCAUGCAUUUUUUCAUGUGUUUGUGUUUGUAACGUGCCUCUGGCUGCUGAAACUAAUCAUGAAGAAACUUCCAUCCAAAGUCUCGCCAUGUGCCGUUUCUUUGUUCAGCGUGUAGCAUUUUAUUGCAACAUCAAAAUGUAAAAUUACAUAUGAUGCUUUGAUUGAAUCACCAUGAUAAAAUGAGACAGUUUCCAAUGAGUCACUCUAGCACUGUUGUCACUGUUGGUAUGUUUUCUAAUUCAGACCAUAUGUCCCAUAAACACUGUUGUAUGCUGCUGCAGCAAAUUAAGUGACACGUUUAAACCAGUCCCUGCAAGAUGGUCUCACAUUUACGGUGAUCAUAUUUAUCAUAUUUAUGUGUGUUUGUGAUGUUAAAAUGCUACAUGCAAGCUGCGUCUUUUGCACUCUAUUUGUGUUCGAUCCUUAAAGUUACUGUUUGUAGUUUUCCAGUUUUGAGAAGUGUAAAAAGUCCUUUUGUUACUAUGCAAAUCCUGCUUGGCCUGUCAAGAGAUUUCAGCGGUUUAAUGAGAUCAUUUAAAUGAAUAAAGCUGCUUGGAAUAUGUGAUAAAUGUUGG